AUGCGGGUACAACUGACGGAGCCAGCAGCUCCAUGGAAGCUGCCCACUCGGAGGCCAUCGGCCAAGACCUCGCCGAUCACACUAGACCACGAGCACCGGGUUUGCGAGUCGCCUUGCCGAAACUCCAAGUGCCCGUCUUCAGCGGCGAGAACGUUCAAGUACUUGAAGACGUACUUGGCCGGCGCUGCGAAGCGGGCCAUUGAAGGAAUAAGCCUUACAGAAGCGAACUACAACAUCGCCGUCAAAGUGCUCACCGAAAGGUUCGAACGAAAGGAUCUUCUCAUCGACGACCACAUCGACAGCCUCCUUGCCAUCGAACCAAUCGAGACAUCGUCGGAAGUAGCAAGGCUGCGUGACCUGUACGAACAAAUACAGUUCAGGACCGGCUUUUUGGAAAGUCUUGGCAUGCCGUCUUCAGAGUACGCGGUUGUUUUGCACCGGGUGCUGAUGUGCUCAUUGCCAGAGGACCUGGCGAUCCAAUACCGAAGGCUCACUAAGACCGGCGCAGACGCCGCGGACUCUGCAGUCCAAUCGAGAGACGAGCUAGUGAAGGCAAUCUUGAAGUUCCUUCAAGUGGAAGUCGAAAGUAGAGAGGAGAGUCGAGCGUCACGCGAGAGGGCCACUUCAGGGAGACCGUCGACGAACCGCAGGGCUGCGGACACCUCACCACCGCCACAUCUACUGUCCGCUCUAGCCCUUACAGCACGGUCAUCAUCGCCAGGUGCCGCUUCAAGGCCUGCACAGACAAUAUGUCCCCUCUGCGGCAUCUCAGACCACUUGACGCGUGAUUGCCGGGCCGCGCUAUCCGCAGAAGAAAAGCACCAGCGCCUUUCCAGCAAUAGCUGCUGCUUCAGGACGCCAUUUUCUGCUCUGUGCGACAUCUGGGGCCGACGAGGAUCCGACAGUCCACAACCGACUGGAGCUGAAAACCGAGAGGCGGCCACACAGCGAGAAAAGCACGUAACAACGGCUCCUGCUAGCAGCACGCGUUCGUCGUCGGUGUUGCUACAAACAGCCACAGUGUGGGCAUCCGGAACCCGUGGCUGUGUGCCAGUGCGACUGCUGCUUGACACCGGCAGCCAACGAACGUUCAUACGAAAAGACUUGUCGCAGCAGCUUUGCCUGCCUUCCACUGGAUAUGAAGAGAUGGCUGUCUAUACAUUCGGUGGGUCAAAGCACCCACGACAUUACCAGUGCCGAAGGGUGAACGUCACGCUCUGUGGACGUAUUGGGCCGAUCGUCGUCGAUCUUGAAGCUCUGGAGGUGCCAGAGGUCUGCACAGUAAAGGGGCCAGCUUUAGAGCCAAACGUUAUCAAUAUGAUGCAUCACCGCAAUCUGACCUUUGCUGACGAAGUUCAAGGGGACCAACCUCAAGACUCUACGAUAAGCGUUUUGAUCGGUUCAGACCACUACUGGAAGGUAGUGACCGGACGCGUCGAGCGCUUCACCGACAAUCUGUAUGCAGUUGAGACCAUAUUUGGCUGGGUCAUUCAAGGAAUGUGCGCUAACGUCUACCAUCCUUCGACACCGCGUAACAUCAGUGCGACUGCCUUGUUCCUGGCUUGUUCCGACGACUGGCGCAGUGAAGUCCGACGUGGAGACCCGUCAGAGAUGUGGCGCUUGGACGCCAUCGGUAUAAAUGACGGACAAGAAGACGACGUCAGCAAGCACCCAGCGCUCAUCCACUUUCGUAGCGCAGUACACAAGAACGCAGGAUGCUACGUAAUACCGCUCAUGAUCAAGACGCAAGGUCUCACGUCUUGUAGUAACCGAAGUGUGGCUGAAACCAGACUCAAGCGUCAGCUUCAGCGGUUCCAGCAUCACUCAGAAGUUCUGAAGGAGUACCACGCCACCAUCAGCGAGUACUUCAAAGAAGGCCACGCGGAAAGAUUAGUGCCGUCGGCACCCCUUGGACCGACCGUCCACUGCCUGCCUCAUCAUGCGGCAGUCCGACGUGAGGCCAUGCCUACAAAGGUCCGCGCCGUGUUCAAUGCCUCAUCCCACAAAUAUGGUGAACCCUCUUUGGACGACAUGCUCGAUAAAGGAAUCGAUUGGGAGGAGCCUCUACCACCUGACGUCGAGGACUUGUGGAAGAAGACGGCAUCGGAACAUCCUCAGCUUUCUGGCCUUCGCAUUCGACGUUGCCUCUCACUGACAUCUCAAGAUCAGGGCAUCUAG